AUGGAACAACAACAACUAAUAACAAUGUUUUCUAUUGAAAAAUCUUUCUAUUUAAAUAAAUCUAUAAAAUCUCAUCCAAAACGUCGAUUUAUUGCUGAUAUUAUUCAUAAAUUAAAUGAUGAUGAAAAAAUGUCUGAUGAUAUAUUUGCAUUAACAAUGUAUAUAUUUGAUAGAUUUAUUUUAAAAUAUUCUUUAUCAAUAAAUGAUCAUGAUUGGCAAUUAAUUGCAUUAUCUUGUUAUAAUUUAGCUAAAAAACUUCGUACUAAUAUAUUAAUUAAUAAUGAAAAUGAACAAACAUCAUGGAUAUUUUCAAAUGAAAAUUACAGUGAUGAAGAAAUAUUUAAUACAGAACAACUUAUUGUCGAAACAUUAGAUUGGGAUUUAUCAAUUAUUGUUCCACAUGAUUAUAUUCCUUUAAUAUUUCAAUCUUUUCUAUUAAAUGAAACUGAUCAAGCUAAAAUUCGUUUACAUGUUCAAAUUCUUUUAUCAAUUGGAAUAUGUGAAUUAAAUACAUUAACAAUAUUACCAAGUAUCUUAUGUUGUGCUUGUAUAAAAGCAGCAAUAAAAGGUCUUUGUAUAAUAAAUAUUCAUCAAAUCGAUGAAUUAUUAUUAAAAAUAAUUCAUUGUAAUAAAUCUGAUCUUAUAAAUACACAACGUAUAAUUGAACACUUAUUUCAAUAUUGUGUACAAGAAAUAUUUCCAUCACCAAGACGUCGUUGUUUAGUACCAAUUGAUACAAACAAUAAGACAAAUCCAAGUCCACGUGUUAAAUGA